AUGGACGCGCACUGGGACGGGUACGACUAUUUGGUCGCCCUCUCCGCUCGAGUCCAACACAUGCGUUCAGUGGACCGCACCCUUGUCGAUCUUCCGGAUGCUGCCAUCCAAAUCUUCAAGGUGCUGUGGCCUGAAGAAGCCAUGCCAGCCAACAUCACCCUCACCGCCAACCGGCUGAAGGAGGCAGGACGCCGGAUUCGUGAGUGGCAGUGCUCCGCGGCUCGUGCUGGAGCUGACACCGCGCUGCGCUCCGCGUGCUCCUGGUAUCCGGACUUGGACUUGGACGCGCUCCAAGGCCUUUUCGACCGCCAAGGCAUCGAGGACGCCGAUCUGGCGGAGAAGGGGGAGCACAACCCGCCGCCCUCGUCGGAGCAUGAGCAGGAGCGGGAGGAGCCGGCGGAGUCCGGUACGGGGCCGAUCCCUGCGGUGCCCCUACGCAUGAGGCCGCCUGCCGCCUCAGCGACUUCUGCGCCCAAGGGGAAGAAGCGAGCCGGCGGCGGGUCCACGGCCAAGCUGGAGGCUAAGGCUAAGAAGCAGCGCCGGCUGGGGCCCAAGAAGGUUCCAGAGGCAGCCGGGGCUGCCAUCAAGUUCACCCAGGGCGGCGGCUCUCGGCCGCCUCCCCGUGUUGAGCCAACGCUCCUGCGGCAAAGGAGGGAGUCAACCCCACAGUCUUCGACGCUUCCGCGCGCGCCGCCUGUCGUUGUCGUGCCGCCCGCGGCUACGCCGCCUUCCGCGGGGGCGUGUUCUUCAGCUGCACCUCCUUCUGCGGCGCCUGGCCGCGGCGCCCAGGGUGAGUCGGUCCGCCGGCCUACUCUGGAUGAGUUGUUUCCGCGCCGCGCUCCACUGUUGGGGCCUGCGGCCGGGGCUGGCAAGGGUGCACCGCCGCCGACCGGAGCUGGAGCCGGCGGAGCUGCGCCGCCCGAGACUGGAGCUGGAGCCGGCGAGGCUGCGCCGCCUGAAGCUGGAGCCGGCGGGGCUGCGCCGCCUGAGGGAACGCAUCCGACGCCGGAGAAGGCGGCCCCCACCGGACCAACUGCUUCUACUGCGCCGCCUCCGACUUCGGAGCCGUCGAGGGAGGAGCCGGCCGGGAAGGAGCCGGCAAGGGAGGAGCCAGCGCGCUCGAGGGACGCCGGCUCCCGGGUGUUGGUGAGGAAGGAGGGCCCGUCGGACCCAUCUGAAGGCCUCCAUGCGGAUGCCUGCGAGGUGACCAACCGGGAGGGGCGUCCGGGCGUGGCGCCCAUGAAGAUGUUCUUCUCCGGCUACCGUGCCAGCCUUAAGGCCAAGGCCGCCGAGACCAUUGCCCAGCUGGCAACGCUGGAGGAUGCUGACAAGGUGGUUGCGGAGCGGCGCACCGUCUUGUACAACCAAGUUGUGACCAGCUAUCACAAGGCCAAAAUUGAGCGGGCCGGCUUGGCUCGCGAGCUGGAGGUUGCCAAGGCUGAGGCUGCCCGGGUCCCACAGCUGGAGUCGGACCUUCAGGCCGCCCGCGCCCAAUGCGCCGAGAGCGAGGAGCUGGCGCGGCUGCGCCGACUUGAGGAUAACCACCUCAAGGAGCUGGCCGCCCUCAAAAAGGAUGGGGAGGAGAAGCUGGAGGGCCUGAGCAAGCGGCUGGAGGAGGUGGAACGGCAGCGGCUUGCGCUUCGCCAAGAGGUGACCGCUAAGUCUGAUGAGCUGUCGGCCACCGCCAAGCGGUGGGUAGAUGAAAUUAGCGCGCUCGACCGCGGCUUGGUUUCUGACGUGCUUCUUCUUUGCAGCGGCCUUCCCUGA